AUGGCGAAUUGGAAUUCUGCACUCUGGUUAGGAGUCUUGGGCAUUAUGCCCUUGGCUUCUGCAUCGCCACUUGGUCUAUCCGAGCCUUCAGCUCCUCCAACUGCCAGCCACCCGGCCUCUCUUCCACAUACCCCGUUCACCGGAACACCAACAACCACUGGUGCUCUGACGGCUUCCUCGAUCGGAACGGGUAUCGUCGAAUCCGCCAGCGUAGCCCCGGCUGAAACAACCUACGUAAGCAACGGAGAGCUUCAGAAUGCCGAGCCAGCACCGUACGUCCCAGCUGGAGGUGUCGGGACCGAAGGUCAGAUUCCCGUAUACAACGCCAAAAGCGACUUCGACUAUGAGUCCCUGGCACUAGCCCUCUACCAAGAAUGGAUCGAACUCGAUUUAUUCCAAGAUGGUCUCCGCCGUUUCUCAGCCAAAGACUUUGAAGACGCAGGUCUCAAUGCCGCAGACCGCGACUUGAUCGCCUUCAUGGCGGAGCAGGAAGUUGGCCACGCAACUCUAAUCAGCAACAUGCUCGGUGCAGACGCGCCUAAGCAGUGCCAAUACGACUACCCUUACACCAAUGUCCAGGAAUACCUUGACUUCUGUCAGAAACUUACUCGCUUCGGCGAGUCGGGUGUGUACGGGUUCCUCGGGCAUCUCGAUUCCCGUGAGGCUGCUACGCUGCUCACGCAGUCUAUUACCACUGAGGCGCGCCAGCAGAUGAUCUUCAGACAGUUCGAGGGAUUAUUCCCCAUGCCUGUUUGGUUUGAGGUUGGCGUUCCACAGUCGUGGGCUUGGACUCUCCUCGCGCCUUACAUCAGUUCUUGUCCAGCUGACCAGACUCGACUGGUCUGGCAGAACUUCCCUGCAUUGUGGAUUGAGAAUCAACCGACUUUGGCUAAUGCUGGGAAGCAUAACAAUGGAACUGCGUUUAACAAUACGUUGAGUCCUGGUACGAAUGUUGCGAAGUCUUCCAGUAAGGAGAACCCUAACUCGAAGAAUGGUGCUUCUGGAGCGAGUGUCACGCCUGAGAAAUACUCGCCUCUUUCUUUCCCUGGCAGACGGGUUGAUUUGAGGUGGGAAGAGCCUGGGAAGGCUGUUGGUCCUAACAACAGCUAUGUCACUUCGACGCAGGCUGGGGAGGCCAAGUUUGUUGCUUGGGCUUCGCAGUUGAAUCUCACCUAUACGCCGUUGCUUGGUAUUAAUGGUUCAAGUGGAUACACUAUUCAGCCUGAUAUGGAGACUUAUGAGGGGGAUCCGGCUGUCAAUGGCACCAUGUUUAUUGCUAUCACUGACUCGGAUACCUUCUUGACUCCUUUCAAUUUGAGUAUGAUCAAUACUCAUGUUGUUGCUGGUCCGGCUUUGUACCAGGCUGAUUAA